AUGCGGAGCUUUCCUGUGGAUCAUCUGGCGCACCAGAGCGAGUUUGAAGAUCUUGUCAUCUCCGCGAUAGUGAUCCGACUCAGCUAUCUACCUGCGGACCUGUUCGCCGUGGACUGGACCUUCCAGGAUGUGGCCGUCAUCGUGCACUUUCUGAUCGAGUGCAAUCUCAUCACGAUGAAUGUACUGUCACCGAACCUACCUGUCUUCUUCCAAUACACCAGCACGGGUGGAGUGUUCUUCCUACCGCAUGAGGCUACAGGCUAUACAAGAAGUGGGAACAGUGGCAACGGAAACAGCGUCGCGCUGUCCAAUAUAUACACUGGCAAAGGCGGGCAGAACAUCACGUCGGUUUCAAACGCUGCCGAGCAUGACAUCCGCGGUGAUGUAGAUGUCGAGAGCCGGUCGCAAGCAGGAAACUCAUCAUACAAUCUGUAG